AUGGGGUACAACCUCACUGUGCAGUUUCAAGGGCGUCUUCGCAAGGACUAUGGCCUGGUCCUGAAGCGAGUGGGUGAUCAGGUCAUUUUGUUCAUGUUUCCCCGAAAACUAGACGCGUUCGUGACCUUUCCGUGCUUCAAAGAUCCCGGAUGGAAGACGACUUUCGACGUGCGCCUUCUGGUCGACGAAAACUUGCAUGCGUCUUCCACGGCCAGUAUCGAGAAUACCAUGAAGGAGUCCAACGGCAGCACUGUUUAUGUCUUUCACAGAACAGAACCCAUGUCGGCAUACCUGCUGUCUGCCAUCUUCACCAAUUUCAGCGUCGACAAGAGUGGCAGGAUGAACCUGUGGUCCCCCACUUCAUUCUCUCCCUACCAGCCUUUGGUGCUGAAGACCAUCGAGAAAGUGGUGAGCCUCCUCGAGGACCAGAUUGAAACAUGGAGGAGCAGUCUGCAGGUGAUCGACCUGGUGGUGGCACCCGACAUGCUGGAGAUGGAUGUUUCCGGUGCCGGCUUCGUCGGCCUCCGGCAGAGUUUGUUUGAAGCCUUCGACAUCUGGGAGCGAGAGAGCUGGGUCGUCACGGUUGUCCAGCGCAUACUUAGACGCUUCUUCCUAUCGUAUGCCACGCCCCGCACGCUGAAGGACGCGUGGAUUGCCGAGUCCCUGGCGUACAUGUUCAGACGCCGCGUACUUCAAGAGAUGGGCUUCGGUCACACCGAAGACCGCAUGCGGCUUCUGAGCUAUCGCGAUGCAAUGGACUGUGACGACAAUGGCACGGACAGUGGAGCUCUGCGAACCUCGCUGAUCUUCUCGAUGCUGGCCGACUUGUGCCCCAUGACGAUACGCUCGGGAAUCAGGCGCUACAUGAAGGAGAACGAAUACGGAGUGGCCGACGACGUGGUGCUGUGGCGCACACUGGAUCUUUCGGGGUUGCUCUCCCGCAACAUGGACUCGUGGUUCGAUCACGGAGGUUAUCCCGUGGUUAGUGUGCUCCGUGUGAACGACCACCGUGGACCCGGGCUUGUCUUAAAGCAGGGUUGGCCGUGCUUUGAUGACAUGAAGUGCAACUACACGCUCGUGUGGCCAGUGCCGUUCGUACUGAACGUGCAGGGAGGAAUCCGCGUUCCCGAAGAGGGUGCCUUCUGGUUCAGGGGAACCAUCCAGCGAUACAAAGCGAGCUGGGGCACAAUUUGGCGCGAGAUAUCAGCUCCUCAUGGUUCCUUUGUAAACGUGGCCACGGUGUCGUACUUCCGCGUCCAGUACGACGCAGACAACGUGGCCCUCCUGACACGUCAGCUGCUACAGAACCACACGGUCCUGAAAGUGAACAGCAGGGCGAAAUUCCUGGACGACAUGGUGGCGCUGACAAAAGAGGAGAGCUGUGCUGUGUGGCAGCUGUACACUAGGUCAGCUCGCAAGGCUCCGGAGGAGUUCUCGGGCCGAACGGAGUACAGACAUUUCUACCAGAGGAACCAGGAGAUAUGCAUGCUCGUGCAACUGGAACCGACAAGCAGGCCAUGUCUUCUGGCGAUGCGCUGGAAUAUUUGCUGCUUCUUCGGCAUGUGCACGUUGCCUGCACCUAUGGCGUGA